AUGGACCGAAGAACUGCCUUUAAUGAGUUAUUUGACAAGCUUCAGGCCGAGUUUAUCGAUGAAAUAAGGACGUAUCAAAUGCCUGAUGACGCCAUCGAUUGGAUUACCAGGAUGAUCAAUCAUACGGUUCCUGGCGGAAAAAUGAAUCGUGGCUUGUCAGUCGUCGAUAGUUUUCUUGUCUUGAGCGGCGGAAAAGCUACAGAAGAUGAACUUGUCAAAGCCAGAGUUCUAGGGUGGUGUGUCGAAUGGCUACAAGCUUUUUUCCUCGUCGCCGAUGACAUUAUGGACCAGUCAAUAACCCGUCGUAACAAGCCCUGCUGGUAUCGGGUGGAAGGGGUCGGUCCUACGGCUAUAAACGAUUCUUUUAUUCUGGAGUCUGCGAUUUAUUUCUACCUGAAAAAAUACUUUCGUCAAGAGCCCUAUUACGUUGAUCUGCUUGAGCUAUUCCAUGAGGUUACCUUGCAAACUGAAAUAGGUCAACUGCUAGACUUGAUAACUGCCCCCGAGGAUCACGUUGACUUUACGAAAUUCAGUCUUGACAAAUAUAAAAAGAUUGUUCUUUACAAAACGGCUUUCUAUUCUUUUUAUCUGCCGGUUGCUUCGGCAAUGCGAAUGUCCGGUAUUACUUCUGAAACAGCAUAUCAACAGGCUAAAAGUGUACUCCUCCCACUCGGCGAGUAUUUUCAAACACAGGAUGACUAUCUUGACUGCUACGGAGAUCCUGAAGUUAUUGGUAAAAUUGGUACUGAUAUAGAAGAUAAUAAAUGCUCGUGGCUAAUUAACAAAGCAUUAGAAAAGGCCUCCCCCGAACAGCGCAAAUUGCUCGAAGAAAAUUAUGGGAAGAAAAAUGCAGAUAGCGUAGCUGUUGUCAAACAAAUUUACAAGGAUCUCAAACUUGAAGAAAGUUACAAGGCUUACGAAGAAGAAUCGUAUGCGCUGGUUCGUAAACUGAUCGAUCAAGUAGAUGAAAAGCAAGUGAAGCACGAUGUGUUCAUUGCAUUCGUGGAUAAGAUAUACAAGAGAACUAAAUAG